AUGUCCAUCUCUCGUAAAAAACUAACCAUAAAUUUUGAUUAUCUAAUCGGUUUGGAUAAUUUAAACAAAUUGAAUAAAGUUAAGGAUUUGGGUUUAAUAUAUGAUAAUCAAUUUCGUUUUGGAUCACAUAUUAAUAAAUUAGUAAAUAGUGCAAAUCAUUCACUGGGAUUCAUUUAUAGACAGACUUCCAUUUUUUCUAUAAAAACAAUUAAAAUUCUAUAUAAUGUGUUAAUUAAGCCUAAAUUAGAGUUUGGAUGUUUGGUGUGGGGAGAUCAACCACAAAUACAUUUAGCGCCAAUUGAAAAGACCCAGAACAAGUUUCUUAGAUACUUGUAUUUCAGGAAAUAUCAUGUGUGGCCAGAUUAUACAAAUGUAAGAUCAUCUAGAUUAAGGGCAGAAUUUAAUAUUAUUUCAUUAACAAGCAGACGUAUACUAACAAUGAUGCUUUUUUUGUAUAAA